UGGUCCUAACGUGGGGCUUCUAGAAAUGAAUCAAGUGCAGGGAGGGAGGCAGUGAGUCUGCAGGUCCCCGGGGGUGUUACCUCGUCCAUGUCCUCCCUGCUCUCCAGGCUGCUGUGCAGAGCCCCCCGCCCCCGACAGUUGCAGGGGAGCCCAGCCACCCUCCAUCCUUCUUCCCUGGGGGCACCCGGCGCCCGUGCUCCAGCCCUGCACGACGCAGUGAGGGGCGGCUGCUGCUGCUGACGGUGCCGGGGGGCGGAGGGCCCAUGGAGGACGCCCUCCAGCUGGCAGCAAUGGCUGUCGGCCCCCCUGUCUUCUCUCCAUCGCCGCCACCCACCUGGGAUGUGAGUGUGCGGAGGCCAGACCCGGCCUGGGCUGCACAAAUGCCUGGCUCCCAUCACCGCAAAUCAGAUGUCUGCUCUCAAAGGUCCAGACUUGGACUCCAGCACCAAGGGGCCGUCCAUCAGCCUGGGGCGUCAUCUCCACUCGGCCCCGAUGCCGGCGGCUCACAUGCGGUGGCAUCACUUUCGGGGUCACUGAGUCUGCGGGCCCUGGUGAAGGGGCCAUACCCGUUCCCCGGCCUCUGCCGCACGGUAGGUUCCAGCCGGGGGAGCGAGUCCGAGGGGCCCAGGGCUCCGGGUGUGGAGCGGGACACCUGGGAAGGUCAGAGCCCCAGCUGGAAAUCGGGUGCAAGAUUCCUGCUUUUUUCUUGGCUUCCUGGGAAAUUCGGCCCGUUAGUGACGUGCGACGGCGGGUGGAGGGGACACCCGCAGGCGGCUGCACUAGCGGGUGACGUCAGCAGUGCACCUGCACCGUGGGCAGCUUCAGGCCCCUGGGUGGACUGGUCCCCAGUGACCGACCGGCGUCCCGGCAGCCGGGGACUGCAGCUGGGUGCCUAUGCGCCACGGCGGCAGCUGCCCAGCUCCUCGGGUCAGCUGCUUGUCAGCGCUCACAGGACUACACGGUUUCCCCCGAAGAUCUGUCCCCUGAGGGGGUUCCGGGGAGCGCUUGCUGCCUAGAGAGAAGGCUCCACGUUCUCCCCACGUGCGCAGCCCCGGGGAGUGGGUGCUGGGGACCCUGGUCCUGGAGACCUCGGGGGGCUGUGCGACCCCGACAGGUGAGCCCUGGCUCAUGUCCUUCCAGCCCAUGAAUCACCUUUUCAGGAGGAAAGGGCUUGUCUUCGCCAUAGGUCUGGAGGCCAGCAUGGCAGUGGCUCCUUCUGGCCUGGGGGGAGCGCCUGCAAAGGCCCCACUGCGGGUCAGAGCUGAGCACGUGGCCCUCCCGGGCCUGGCCGGCCUUGCUCCCUCCUCCGGAAGCCCCAAGGGACCGGGUCCCUGCACUUGAGGGUGGAGUCCCAGCCUCGCUGAGUGGCUACUGGGUGCUCGCGGUGCUCAGGGACGCCUCUGCUUUGGGCUGAGCCCCGUGGGUGACUGGAUGACGCUGAUGCUGUCGGGUGCCCCAUGAGCCGGCACCCCUCUGGGCGUCACGGGUCAUCCCCAGCCUAAGUGCCACUUUGACGAUCCAAGUGAGGCGCCGUCCUGGUUGGUGUGGGUAGGUCACGGCGCCCGCCCCCAGCCCGGGACAGCCGGGCGCAGAGCGCUCACUCGGGAAGUUCCUGUUUCCCUAGGGGCUUCCUGAGGCCGGGCCCCCGCCCCGUGGCGCUCACCCGGAGAGGGAGUGGGUGGCUCUGCCCCAGGACGUCCGCUUGCCCGCGCGAAGUCCAGAAGUUAGCUAGUGCUGGCACAGCUUCUUGCCCUGCUGCUGCGUGGAGCCGCUUUACCACGAGAGGUGACCCCACGCGGGAGGAAGACCCCACACGGCAGCGGCAGGCCUGCCCCUGGGGCCAGCUCUCCCCCAACGGUCUCUGGCCCUGGAGGCCGCUGGGGUUGAGGCCCCGGCUGGAGGCUGCUGGCUGGGUCUGAAGUCCUGGGUCGCGUGGGGGGCAGGGGGCUGGAGUGGGUGGAGGGCCCUGCACGCCUGCCCGGGGGCAGUGUCCCGUCCGGGAGCUCGGGGUUAACUGGAGAGUUUCUGAGGGAGCCUGAGCUCCCCCGGAGCAGCACCCAGGGGCCACCUGCCUCCUCAGCAGCAGGAUGACCAACCCGAGGGCCAUGAUGUCACACGAACGAACGGCUCAAGUCACCUGGAGAGGAAGCCUGACGGCUGUUUUUCCCAUGGAAACAGAC